AUGACAUUCCUCCUCAAAAACAUGAUCAGUGGAAAAAUGAAAGAUCUGGCAGGUAGUGGUGGAGGAGGAGGAGGAGGGGGAGAAGAGGAGAAGACAGAGGAAGGAGAUGGAAAGCCAACUGCAAAAAGCUCGGGAAUGACAAGGGAAGAAUUUGAAGAAUAUCAGAGGCAGCUGUUGGAGGAAAAAAUGGAACGAGACAAUGCCUUCACCCAAAAAAAAGCAGAAAGGGCCACGGUUCGAUUGCACAUGAGGGAGAAAUAUCGGUUGCCACAGAAUGACAAGGAUGACAGUCAGGUCCAGAUGGCUGGAGGAGAUGUGGAACUUCCUGAGGAACUGGCAAAGAUGGUGCAACAGGAUGAAGAUGAGGAAGAAAUUAAUGAUUCAUUUUUGGGCACCAUUCAAAACAUGGACUUUGAUACCAUCAAGAUCAAGGCCCAGGAAACGUUCACUGAGAUAAAACAGACAGCUGAGGAAAAAUGUUCUGUAAUGUAA